AAGACGCCAUUUUUAGGGCUUGUAGGGCCGAUACGGAACCAACAAGUACCCGUGGAUUAGUAUCAAUAAUUGUCAAAUUGCAUAUGUUGAAAGAACGAUCGAGGUAGCCCCUUUAUCUGAAUCAUCUGCAUUAAUUUACUAUAUUAACACAUUUAAAAACUUUGUUGAAAGAUAUGUACUAAGUGAAAUUUGCAGUGCGGUAGAUUUUAUUUCCGAUUUUGUAGCGAAGUUUGUGUUCUUUAAUUUGAGUUUAGACUUAAGGCCUAAGGCUGGGGUGGUUCCACAAUUAAAAUUAACCGCAUUUAUCACGCAGGCCUAGGUGUUAUCAAAUUAAGAGAUAUCUUAAGUCUGUUUGUGACUUUAUCAAUUUGUUUUAUGCAUUUUCCUAAGUUGUAAAUUGUAAUUUCUCUAACACUUUUUAAUUUGAGGCAUUAAUUUGCUGCAUAAAUAAAGAAAUAAAUGCCUCUGUCUCACAACAAAUCUGCUACUGUGACACAUUCAGUCAGACAUAUUCUUACUGGCAGGACAAUGAUGUUAACGUUGGAAAGGUCUAAACAGACUAUACUAGAGUUAGGAAGUAGGGCCUUAAACUUGUUAGUAAACCUAAUAAAGUUAAAAAAAUCAAUUAUAUUUUUCCAGACUUUGUUUACUUUUUACUUUUUAUUAUUUACCCCAUCUGAACAACUUGAUAAGGAUUCUGGCUAGACCACAGCCCGCCCCCCCCCCCCCCCCCCCCCCAANUUUCCUCAAAAUUGAAAUAAUAUAUUUGACCUUAGCCGUUAGUUAGCCAAAAUUUCGUGUUAAUGAAAUAUACUUACCCCUCUGAAAAGACUAGGUUGAUCUAUCGGCCCAAGAGUCAUUAGUGAAAAGAUGAUGAUGAAGGGCCGAUCCAUCUGCCCAAAGAUACAAAACCUCAAGAUUGGCUGGCUGGUCUUCUUACAAAUAACCAGCUAAUGUCAUUAGUAAUGAGAUUGCUUCUUGCAUUUCUUGCUCAUCUUCGUGUUUAAAUGGCGGCUUCCAUUGAUAGAUUAUGGUGUUCUUGCAUUUUGUAACAAUUAUUUUUUUUAUAUAACAAGGGACCCUAGUAAAUAUAGGUCCUAGACUAGGGUGACCAAAUCAUGAACUGGAAAAAACAGGUCACACCAAACAAGGGUUUGGGGGAUACCCUCCAAACAGAGGUGUAGCGAAGGGGGGAACAGAUGUCCCCGGGCGCCAGCUAGUUAGGGGUGCCAAAAUGUGCUUUAAUAUUAUUUUAUGAAAAUAAUGGGUUUGAGAGUUGAAAAAAGAAAAGGGGGUGAUUUAACUUUAAAAUGAAUCUUGUCUCCAGGUGCCAAACACUCUCUCUACGCCUCUGCCUCCAGUUAAAGAGGGGUCUGGGGGCCUCCGCCAUAAACUGCUUUUUUUUAAAUAUGCUCAUUUGAACUAUUUUGUGACUUCCAAAUCUUUUAAAAUUUACUUUUAACUCUGAGGCAUAUCAUAAACGAAAAUAAUUUUGAAAAGUGGUGGAGGGGGAACAGUGCAGCCAUCAUGCAAGCCCACAUCACUACUGGCACUGGCUACACAGUAGCCAAAAUAUUACUUGAUUAUAAAUUAGGAAGUUUUAGUGAUUUGAAAAUGUGUUUUGUUUUAGAAACGGGACGUAUUUUGCAAGUAAUACAUAAUUUUUCUAAGUGUAAACAAAAAAAUCCAUGCAUAAAUUAUGUAAAUCAGGAAUUCUCAUUCCAAGUGACUGGAUAAUAGGGCGAGUUGAGUCCUAUAAAUAAUUGCUUCUUUUCAGUGCUCAAUUAAUUAUUGUUGAAAAUGCACACAACAAUCAACUCUUCCUGUUUCCACCCUCUUUGCAGACAACACGUCGUUGAAAUAUCUAAUAAUAAUAAUAAAGAUUAUUUAAAAAUCACGCUUCAUCCCCAUCCCCAAAGGCUCGAAGCGCUGUACAUACCACAUUCAAGUACAAAAUAUCUAAUAUAUGCACAUUAAAAAAAAAUUUGUAAAAACGAAGCUGAGACUGCACAAUUCUCUCCCCUCUCUUCAUCUUUUGUGUUCUUGCAUAUUAAUUGUCUGAGACUGAGUGAUAGCCAACAAUAAAGUCAAUAUGCUCGAUUUUGCAUCCGGCACUUCAUUUUGUCAGUAAUAUCAUAAUGAUCCAUCUGCAUGUCGGCAUGCAGGAAUAAUUUUUUAAAUGAAUAGGUCAACAUCAGUGAAACUGGGUGAAUAAUGAACGUUCCUUGAUUGGUGUUAUUUUUACCAAAUACCAAUGAGUUAUUAGGAUAUUCACUCGACCUCUGCACUCUGUUAUUGUAAUGAUGAUUCAAUCAUUAAGAUAUUUUGCUGAAUAAAUUUAUUUUUUUUUGCAACAGAAGCUUAAAUUAAAAAGUAUUAAAGAAACAAAUACUUUUUUUUUACUGUUUAUAAUCUAAAUCCAGUAUUAUUGAGUCACAAAAUGAGGUAGUGCAAUCCAUAAUACUACUGUUACAUUCUUAGUAUACCGUAAAUAAGGACAAAUGAAAUCACAUUUUCAUAGAGCUUUUUUAUUAUUCAUAGCUUAAAAAGCCAUUAAGCUAGUUAAUUUAAUGUUGUUGUUUUUUCAUAAAACUUUAAAAUUUUUACAAUGAAUACAUGUUUUUGUUGCAGCUAAAGCUACAUUUAAUUAUACAUCCCUAAUAUAUGUAGAUAGAAGUAUUGCACAUUAGGGGUGUGCCGGAAUCCGGUUCCACCGGAUUUUGCACUAUCCGGUGAAAUCCGGUUCUGCCGGAUUUACAUGUAUCCGGAACAACCGGAUUCCGGAAUCCGGAAUAUACCGGAUUUCGGAAUUUGCCAGAUUUAGUGACUCACCGGAUCAUAAUCUGAAUUAAAAGUAAUUCUCUUUCCCGAAUUCCACACGAUCACGAUACAUUAAUCGAUUGUUUCGAGCGUUGAGCUUGUUUAAUGUUUAAUAUUCCGUACAUACCAGAGGCUAGAGUCAGCACCGCUAAUAGUGGCCAAUAGUGUAGGGACUUUGAUAAGAAAAUUUAAACUUUUUGUAAAAAUAAACCAAUGGCAUAGUUGAAAAGAUGUAAUUUUUUAAAGAAUUAUAACACCAAAAUCAUAUUUUUAGCUGUUGUAGUUUUAAAGUUAUGAAUUUUUAAAGUACGACUUGGUUUGUCAUUUUUUAACAUGGACUGCAUCUCCACAUUCUGUGAUCUCAUUCCACCAAUCCCGUCAUGCGCAAUGACUAUAUAGUUUAUAUAAGGCAACGCAUUCCCUGCCUUAUCACUAAAAUACUGUUUAGACUUAGUUUAAACUUUCAACUUUGGCACAUGAAUAAUUAAUUAAAGCUUUCCCUGACCAAUGGUUUAAUAGUUUUUGCACACGGCAAACUCUUAUGAAUGAAACUCUGAGGUAGUACUACGAUACAGUUAUGCAAGUGGCUGUGAAUGGUUGCCAAUGACAACGUGUUGCACACGGUAAAUUCUGAUCAUUUAUAAUAUGGAUUCUACCGGGUUGUUAAAGCUCAAAUUAAAACAUUCCAGUUUAAAUGUCUUUAAAUGCAUUCUGAAACACAAGUUAUCAAUUAUUUUGAUGUAAAUAGUGAUAAUAAAUUAAUAUUUCCUAAGUAUCGUCAACUUCCGCCAUUAAAAAGGGGGGCGUGGCCAACCCCAUGGCGAAAUUAGGUUGAGCGAGCUGCAUGACCUGCUGCGAACGCGUAGAAACAUGGCGUCUCUCGUAAGACACUUAUCCAAAUGGAACGGAACUCAAAUAUAUAUCGAAAGUACUAAUUUAAUAAUAAAUAGACACACACAUCGGACAAUUAAAAACUCGGAUUUUUUGGCGCCAAUUGCGAAUUCCCAUACACAAAAAGUAGUAGUCCACCUUGACUUACCGAAGUAUCUACCAAUAGUACCAAACUCCGGAAUCCUGAUUAUUCCGGAAUCCGGAUCCGGCGGAUUUCGCAUAAGAAAAUCCGGAUCCGGUUGGAAAAAACGGAUCCGGCACACCCCUAUUGCACAUUACCCAUAGCAAAUUAUGCCUAUUACGCGCCUCGUCCUACCCAUCCCCGGCCUAUCUCAUUUGCAUAAAUGUUGAUAUUUCAGUUUGAUUCAUACAAAUUUUGUAUUAGUUUAUUCUAAUUCCUCCAAUAAUAUAUUUGGUUGAAUGUUUGUUAAGUAGUACUUAAUUUUUAUUAAUUUUUGCAAAGUAAGUACUGGGCUUGUGAAAAGGGCUCCAUCUUCUUGGCACUGAUAGUCCAAAAAUGCUUUGUUUGUUUCAAGAGGGUUAAAUAAGACUUAAAGAUUUAACUCAUUCCUACUGUCCAAAGUUUUAAAACUUUCUUCCUAUUUCGAUUCAUGAUCAAGGAAUAUAUUUUCAAAUGAGCUAUUUUUAAAAAGUCAAAAUAGUAAACUGUCAUAACAAACUAAAGACAUGGCCAUAGGUAUCCAUAAAUGGAUAAAGUUUAAUAAAAAGUCUAUUGAAUGACCAAAUACUUUCUAAAAAGAAGACUCCUUAGUGAUUUUUACCAGUUUUAACAUGGGGGAGCAUAUGAUUGUUUAUAGACGUUAUCUAAUUGCAAACUAUUUUCUUUUCAGCCUCUAAAGUAAGCUAUCCUUAGAAGGUGAAAGACUUCCAUGCAAACAACCUUAAUAUAAUAAUGAAUGUUUUAAAGGUAAUAAUAAGAAUUAAUUGCUCGAAAAGUUAGUUUUAUUAAUUACCCUUGGGACAAAGUUUUAAUGAUUUCAUUGCUCUAUUAUUAAGAUUAGGGCACUCGUUUUUGUAUACGAUAGCUUGUAUUAUAAAGCUUUCAUAUGCUUAUAUAUUCACUUUAGUCAUUUCUUAUGUGUUUUUAAUGAAUGAAGAAAAAAAUUAUUUCAUAGGCGGUCAGCACGCCAGUUCCUAAACGGCUCAGAGAUCUCAUAAGAGAAAUCCGAUCUUCAAGAACUGCAGCAGACGAAAGGGCUGUAGUCAACAAAGAAUGUGCUACAAUUCGAGAUUCUUUUAGGGAUCAGGAUAAUACCUACCGUUGUCGGAAUGUUGCCAAGCUCCUCUAUAUUCACAUGCUUGGGUAUCCUGCACAUUUCGGACAGGUAUUGGUUGCAUUUUAUAUAAAAUCAAUAGAGAAAUAUAAAAUAGGGUUGAAAUUUUCGGCCAUGGUCCCCAGCCUUGUGCUCCUGGGCACCAUUUUGUCUCUUAUGAACACGACUGCAUUUUCCCUGCCCUCAUUAUAGUUUCUUUUGCUAUUUACUAAUUUAUUUAAUAUUUUCUAAUAUACAUUUGCCAUGAAAUGGUUAAUGGUGCCUGCAACAAUUCUGAACACCUCUGGGUGCAAAAAAUGGAUUUGGACACCUGACCAGCAAACUUCUUUUUAUAUUGUUAGCUUUAAUUUUUAUUGUAGGGUUAUGAAUUUUAUUAGAUACAUUUUAAAUAUUUUUUACCCAAACAUAAAUUAGAACUUACCUCUCUUAAAUUAUUUUUGCGUGCGGCAGUUGUAGUAAAAUGUCUUAAUUUGUCUUUUUAGCUUGAAUGCAUGAAAUUGAUAGCCUCAUCAAGAUUCACAGACAAAAGAAUAGGCUACCUGGGUGCCAUGUUACUGUUGGAUGAGAGGCAAGAUGUGCACUUGCUUAUUACCAAUUCUUUAAAAAAGUGAGUUCUUUCUUUACUAGACUCUACUCAUUGUUUAAAGUGCAGUUACAUAUGAUUGUUAAAUAUCUAUUACCAGCUUACUAGAUUUAUUGAUUUUUCAUAUACAUUAGUGGUUAACCAAUAAUUAAGAUUCAUGUGUGUAAUAAACCAGAUUUAAGUUUGACGGUUGUAUUUUAAGAUUUUCAACUGCUGAAACUUUCAUUAAAUGGAAUGGUGAAUUUGCUACUAAUAAUUUAGAUUUCAACCUUUUAAUUUCAGUGAUCUUAGCCAUCAGACCCAAUACAUUCAAAGCUUGGCAUUGUGCACCCUUGGCGCAAUAUGUUCAACAGAGAUGAGCAGAGAUCUGGCUGGGGAGGUUGAAAAGAUGAUCAAGUCAUCCAAUGCCUACAUUAAAAAGAAGGUUUGUGAUGCUUUCUAAAACUUGUUUUUGUUAUAUUUUGAAUUGUAUCACUAAAGUAAGUGAAUGUUGUUGCUAAAAUUCCCUAUAAGUAUAAGCUUAAUGCAUGUGCAUCCUCUUCACUCUGUUAUUUUGCAUUCUUUCUAAGUGUCCCGCCCAUCGCAGCGUGUCCUUUUUUAUGUCUGCUACUAGUGUGGGAUCCUGGUAUAGCUCAUACAAUUCCAUAUGUAUCCUCCAACUGUAUUCAUCCUUUAGUCCAUAUAUUUCCCAGAGAACUCGUGUUUGAUAGGUUUUCUACUGUUUAUGUUUGGGUCCAAGUUUUUUAAGAUGCUAAAUAUUAAUUAAAUUUAACAAACUAAGGACAAAUGCAUCCAGAAAUGGAUACAGUUUAAGGUGUAUAAUUUCCUUGCUGCUUUUAAAAAAAAUUAUGAGCGCUGUGUCAGGAUGCAUUCAGUCAUAUCCAUUGGGACCCACAAAGUAUGUAUUGAGUUGGAAUGAUGGCGAAUGAGUUAAAUAAUACUUUCAAAUGGUGAUGCAGGCCAAUGUAUAGUAGUAAUACACCACCAACAUUUUAAAUUUGGAUGCUGAGCAAAUCAUUUCAUUGCUCAAAACAUUUUGCAUGCUUUAAAUUAUAUGGAACAUUUGCUGCCCAGGUCAACAUUAUAGAGACAGUCGUCCCUCUCCACUUCUCACUACGGCUUCACUCUGUCGCACUUUUUUGUCCAAAUAUAACAUGAAUGCAUUAAAAAGUUGAUAGAGAAAGUGAAAAUGAUACAUCUUUCGCUCUGCUGUCUGAGUCAGUUAUACACCCAUGUAUUACAAUGGACUGUUCUAUGCUCUAACUACUAAGUAUUAAGAGGGCCGUGAUUUGGAGUGUUCUCUUUCUCUCUCUCUUGCUUCAACACUGACAAUUGAAUUUUUCAGGCGAUUUUGUGUGCAUUUGGCAUCAUCCGGAAAGUUCCAGACUUGAUGGAAAUGUACAUUCCAGCCACCAGGUCCUUGUUAAAUGAAAAAAAUCAUGGUAAGCACUAACAUUAGGAUAUGGCAAUUAUUGUUUAGUAAGAGAGGAUUUCUUUGUUUUUUCUAAUGAUUGCUCUAACUGAUUCUUCAAUGUUUUUGCCUUAUUUUGGUACCUUGCAGGUGUUCUCUUGACUGCAGUUUGUCUCAUCACAGAAAUGAGUGAAAAAAGUCCAGACACCUUACAUCACUUUAGAAAGGUUAGUGCCUAGAUUACUUAAAAGAAAUGCUUAUAGUUGACCAUAGUAUGUUCACUUCUUUUGGACUAAUUAAGAAUGCCAUUAUUGUGAUUUAUUAUUUUAGAUAAAAGACACAGCUUUUAAACAGUAUCUUCAGUUAUAAUUUUUUUUUUAUGUGACUGCCCUUUUUACAAAAAUACCAUUUAGGGUGUUUUGUUGUUAGCUUCAGUUUGUCUCCCUUGAUAAAUAAGAUGUCAAUAUUUGAGGAAAGAAGUCAAUACAAAACAACGAACAUGUCAGCAAAAAGCCUUCUUCAACCAACAAAACAACAGUAAAGCUUAUAGUAAAAAGAUAAAAUAACUUGAUCUCAUUGAGCUGUUAAGAGAAUAAACUGUGAGCUUGCAAUGAUAGAGUUGUUAAGGGACUGAAAGAAAGAAGAAAGUGAUGUACAUGCUGACUGCAUGUAAACAGGAAGUAAAGCAAUUUAUGAAUUUUAGUCAAUUAAAUAUAGUAUAGGAUCCAACACAAAAAUAACAAUUUCAUUGCUCUUAUUCUCAGUUGGUGCCUCAGCUAGUAAGAAUUCUCAAAAACCUUAUUAUGGCUGGCUAUUCACCUGAACAUGAUGUCUCUGGUGUCAGUGAUCCAUUUUUACAGGUUUGUCACAUUCGCCCUCUCUACUUGUCAGAAAAUCAAUAAGGUGACGAAAAGUUACGGCUAUUGUUGUAUCUUGUUUUCACUUCAUUUUUUCAUAAUCAUUUUGUUAAUUGUUCUAUUUAAUAAUUUUUAAAGUUAUGAUACGCAACUAAUGUGGGGAAUGUGCAUGUACAUUAUUCUACAGGUAAAAAUCUUGAGACUUUUGCGAAUUCUGGGACACAAUGAUGCAGAGGCCAGUGAAACAAUGAAUGAUAUUUUAGCUCAGGUAACUAUAGACUGGAAAGCUUGCAAAGAAAUUGUUAAUGACCUAAGCUCCACUGGGAUUUGAAAAGGCAACCAUUAACUAAAUAAAAUUCAGAUAUUUGUUGGAAACUUGUGUUUUUGCACCCAAAUUUUACAUAAUUAGGAUAUUGUUUUUUAUGUUCAGUUUUAUAAUUGUAACCUUUUUUUAACCAAUCAGGUGGCAACUAACACUGAUACAAGUAAAAAUGUGGGUCAUGCAAUUUUAUAUGAGAUUGUACUCACAAUAAUGGGCAUACAGUCAGAGGCUGGACUGCGGGUGAGUAUUGUGCUAAGCUAGCUUAGGAUUAUUUCAGUGAGUUGUAACUUUUAAUCAAGUUGAUGCAUUUUUAGUUUAAGAUUAUCCCUCUUAAAUUAAUUAAAUGAAGUUUUGUAAAAGUAUAUAGCAUAUGUUUUACAUUUUGGCCUUGAUUUCUCUUUCUAGGUCCUUGCUGUCAACAUUUUGGGCAGAUUUCUCUUGAACAAUGAUAAAAACAUCCGGUGAGCGUCGGAUUUCUUAUUGUGAAUAUUGUAUUUUGUCAGAAAAAUUGUCUAUUAAAGAGUUGAGUUUUCUUUUAGGUUAGAAAGUUGUCAACUAAAUUAAGUUUUGUACAUAAAGUUGUGUUGUUAUGGAAGUAAGAUAUGAAAAUAACAUGAAAUUAUAAGUGAAUUGGUAUUAAUACUUACGACAGGUCUGCAAACUGUUGGAGCACAUAAUCGUAAGCUCUGUCAUGAAGCAUCUUGAAAGCCAAAAUAUACUCAAUGACUGUCAACAUGGCUUCCGAGUCAAUAGGUCAUGUGAGACCCAGCUUCUCGAAUUUGUAGAAGACUUGAUGACCAAUCUGGAGAACCACAAGCAGACUGACGUGCUAGUAAUGGACUUCGCAAAAGCAUUUGACCGGGUGAAUCAUAGUUUGCUUCUACACAAACUCCAGAUAUAUGGGAUUCAAGGCACCACUAAAACAUGGAUCUCUAGCUUCCUCAGCCACCGACGCCAAGCAGUAGUGGUGGGCGGUACAAGCUCCUCCUUUGUCAAUGUGAAGUCAGGGGUCCCCCAGGGAUCAGUCCUGGGCCCCUGUUUGUUCCUAGCAUACAUUAAUGACCUACCGGAGAAACUGACAUCACAGGCAAGACUGUUUGCAGAUGACACAGCAGUGUAUAGGACGAUCGCCAACAGAUCUGACCAGGACCAGCUACAACAGGAUCUCAAUCUGUUAGCUGAGUGGGAGAUGAGCUGGGACAUGGAAUUUCACCCUGCCAAGUGCCAGACACUAUCAAUCUCUAGAAGUUGUACUCCUCUACACUACCAAUACGAACUGCACGGCCAUAUACUUGAGCAAGUUUCCUCCGUAAAGUACCUGGGUGUUACCAUUCAAAGAGAGGUCCGCUGGGACGAGCAUAUUAACAAUGUAUGUAACCAAGCAAACAAGACCCUAGGGUUCUUAAGGCGAAAUCUAAAGAUUGGCAACUCCUGUGUGAAAGAAAGAGCAUAUAAAGCCUUUAUCCGUCCGAUUUUAGAUUAUGCAUCUUCAGUCUGGGACCCAUUUACCCAGAAGAGCAUUGACAGGUUGGAGGCGGUCCAGCGACGAGCAGCACGCUUUGUCCUAAACCGCUACAGGAAUACCUCUAGUGUUGGCAGCAUGCUAGAAACACUAGGCUGGUCACCAUUGGAGAAACGACGACGACAAUCCAGGCUCUCCAUGAUGUACAAGAUAAAUAAUGGGCUGGUCCACUGUUCCAGUAUUAAACAGAAACUCGUCCCUCUCCCCCAUAGACAGCGACGAGGCCAUGACAGGCAAUUCAGGCUCAUACCAGCAAGAAGCCAGUAUAGGAGCUGCUCAUUCCUGCCCAAGACAAUCAGGGACUGGAACAAUCUUUCAAAAGGAACGGUUGAGGCGACAACACUAGACACAUUUGUGUCUAUUGCCUCAAGCCUUCAAACCCCUAGUGCAUGAUUUCCUCACAAAGUGGCACUGGAAAUCUGUGAAAUUUCCUCAUCAACACCAGGAACAGAAACAUUGCAAAUCCCAUCUACAUGCAUAGGAGCCAAAAUGAUCAAUAAAUUGAUCGUGGGCCCUUAAUAUAUAGAAGAAGAAGAAACAAUUUCUAACCAUGAUAUGUUAGUCAUGCUAUUUUUUGGUAAAUGAUACUUCGAUUUUACAGGUUGAUUUCUUUUAUAAUUUAGGAAGAUCAUACACUAGCUUAUGCUUAUAUUAUAGGCGAAUAAGAAAAUCAAGUGUGAGUGCAACAAGUUAAAAACUUAAUAAAUGUGAGGAAUAGAUUAUUUUUAGGCUAUGCCAGUUAAAAUGAGUACAAGUUUAAACUUUUAUGGAGCAUUUUUGUAAGCUGAUUUUUUUUUCCAUUACUUCAACAUUUAUUUAUUUUCUUUCCCCUAGUUAUGUGGCUUUGAAUACGCUGUUGCGUGUGGUAAGUGCAGAUUACAAUGCUGUACAAAGGCACAGGACAACCAUAGUGGACUGUUUGAAAGAUCCUGAUAUAUCUAUUAGGAGGUAAGUUUAAUCUAGCAUUUUAGAGCUUCAAAUAUCUUUCAUUGGAUGUAUGUUUGGCAAAUAUUAAUAUUUCGAUUCCCAAGCCAUGUCAGAAAAUAUUACUUUUAGAACAUUAUUACAAUUUAAUUUAACAGAUUGGAACUGAUCAUGAUUAAAACUUUUUCAUUUUAUUUCAUUAGACGUGCAAUAGAGCUGUCAUUUGCCCUGAUAAACCACAACAAUGUUAGAGGAAUGAUGAAGGAGCUUCUUCUCUUUCUUGAAACCUGUGACCCAGAGUUCAAAUCUGAUUGCUGUUCAAACAUUGUAACAGCAGCUGCCAAGUAAGAAUAAGACUGCUUUGUUCCGCCAUUAUUGCGUUUUGAAAAAAAAUAAUAAAUAAAUACUUUUAUCGGCUAAUGCAGCAGUUUCAGUAUUUUUUUAUCCUAAAUUUUUCAAAACGUCAAUCCAUCCCUUUGGCGCUACAGCCCUUGUAGGGCUUUGGCCUGCCACACUACUUCCUUCCGUUCAGACCUAACUCUUGUUCUUUUCCAAGCUUGGAUUCCCAGUUGCUGUAAAUCUUUUUCCACAUCCAUCCAUCUAGGGGUCAUCCAUAAAAGACGUCCACACAAAAGGGGGGAGGGGGGGUUCAGCAAAAAGUGGACUAAAGUGGACAAAGGAAGGGAGGGGGUUUAGGACAAAGUGGAUGUCCACAUUGUAGUGUUUUUUUGAGUGCAGCAGUUUUUUAUAAAUUUACAGCAAAUUUACUGCCGAUAACAGUGACAGUAGCAUGCCUUUUGAUCUCUAUUGUCCAUCGGUGGCUGGGAGAAUUUCCAAGAGAAUGUUUCUGCGGUAAAUAUUUCCCAUCACAGGCGGAAAUGAAAAAACAUAAGGUCGUCCAUCGCAAUAUUCCUGCUAGUGAACAUAAUAUGGCAGACGAAUCAGGCGAAGAGACUGCCACUCAAAUUGAAUUAGCAAUUGAAGACUCAAGAACAGAUGUUGUCAUUAUACGAAACAUGUUUGAAUGGCUGCAGUCCGAAUUUUCCGUUGAUUGAAGAAUGGUGGAUUAUUUGUUUAUUACAUUUUUUAAUACAGUGAUUCAAUAANUUUUUGAUCCAGCUGGAGGUGGGGAUCCUAUUUUAUAUCAACAAAGUCAAAAGUGGACAAAGGGGGAGGGGGGGUAAAAAAUAGCAAAAAAUUGGUGGACGUCUUUUAUGGAUGGCCCCCUAAGUCUUGGUCUGCCUUUGAGCCGUUUUCCUCUGGAGUUUUGGUGAUGUACCCUCUUCACUCCUCUGUCAUUUGGCAUUCUCUCUAAUUGUCCUGCCCAGUGUAACAUGCCCCUUUUUUUAUUUCUGCUAAUAACGUGGAAUCCUGAAAUAGACUGUACAAUUCCUGGUUCGUUCGCAUUCUCCAUCUAUAUUCAUCCUUAGUAGGUCCAUAUAUUUUCCUGAGAACUUUUCUCUCCUAUGUGUUUAAUAGAGUUUUUGCAGUUUUUGUUAGGGCCCUUGUUUUACUUGUGUAUAUUACAACUGGUCUGAUUACAGUUUUGUAAAUGGUUUUCUUUGUUUUCUUGUAAUGUUUUUACUUUGAGUAUUUUCUGACUACUGAAGUAUGCCCUGUUUCUGACUGAUAUGCUUUCUUUUAUUUUUUUGUUAUUAAAUCGUUUCAAAACAUCAAAGACAUAAAUGAUGGACUGCCUGUUUCAACAUUUUUAAUAUAAAUUCAGUUCAACUGCUACAUGAUGUUCACAUUCUGCUUUGCCUGGACAUUAUGACUGGUCAAACAUACAUCCCUGAGGAUCCAAACUUAUGGGUCAACCACAGAGUAUUGAAAUGUGGAGGAUAAGACAGGAGUGAACACCUACUCAAGGAAGAAUAAUGGGUAGCAGGGAAAGUUUAAGAUGACAUGUUUUACACUUUGCUCUUAGAACCUCAUCUAUUUCUGUUAAAAGCGGGGAGGGUCGGUACAACAAUAGCAUAAGUACUUUUGUGAAGGCACCCUGAGACACACAUAGGUAGGAUUGGCCAUAUUUCAGAGGUAUCCAGAUAUGCUGGGCAGUCAUGACCUCUAAACAGGAGAGGCCUUGCAUAAGUAUCAGUUUUUUUAUCAUCCCAGAAUAUUAUUAUUAGAUUACAUUGCAUUGUAUUUUAUAAAUUAAUCGUUUAAAAAUUGUUUUAAAAUCUAUUUGCUUAAAUUCUUUUGACACCCUGGCAUCCAAGAUAACUGAUGGUAUAAUGUUAUGCCAAACAUUAAAACAUGCUGACUGGAUUUGAAUAAAUUUCAUGUAACUUAAUUUCUUUAUCAGGUACUCGCCCAACAAGAGAUGGCAUAUAGAUACAGUUCUAAAAGUUUUAACAACAGUAAGUUCUUAUUUUCACAAAAUUUAAAUGGUGAGCAUGAUGCAAUGAAUGUUUUAUUUUAAAAAAAAAAAGUAAAAUUCUGAUUUCCUGAUUGUCAUUUUCCUAGAAAGGUUUUUCAAUCGCAUAAAUCUAAUAAUAGACCAUCUGUGCAUUCCAUUUGACCAAACUUAACAGUUUCUAUGUUAAUGUGAGCCAGCAAUGUUUGGCUUUAUUUAACCUAGACCAAAACUUGUUUACACAAAUUUUAUUAGAUUUUAUGAAAGAUUUGACAAAUAGUUACUGCUAUAAAUAUGCUGAAAUACACUUAGCAGCCAUGCUUUACAAAACCAUUGUCUAAAAUUAGGAACAUUAUGUAGUGCACUGUGAUUUUUUUCCCUAUAAUUAAGGAUUUUUUAUUUCCAUGUCAAUUUUACUUAUUAUUGUUUCAGACCUGUUUACCCUCAAACUCUUAAAAUCAAAUCCUACAAUAUCAUCAUAAAAAUCGUUCAAUACAUUAUCUUAAUAGUAAAAAAAAUAAACAUACCGUACCAGUAUGUAUAAUGUAUACACUUCAAAAGCGUACAUUGUAAGCCAAAAUCGUAAAAUUAAACAGGUCUGUUGUUUUUAAAUUAAGAUGAAAAACACUUAAAAGGUUGUUGGUUAUUUUUAAUAUAUAUAUAUAUAUAUAUAUAUAUAUAUAUAUAUAUAUAUANUAUAUAUAUAUUACAAGAGAUUUUAUCAUAAAAAUGUGUAUAGAUGAUAAAUUGUUGAAAUUGUUUCAAUUUAUUUAGUAAAAUAAACCGGAAAGAUAAUAUUCCUCCAUUAACAUUUUAUAGAAGGUAACAAAUACUUUGAGAUAAAAUCAUAAGUUUUUAAAAUCAAAAUGUAUCAGCCAAGAAAAUGCACCUCCUUUUCUUUUCUAGGCUGGUAAUUACAUCAAAGGGGAUGUUGUAACCAUAGCCAUCCAACUGGUUUCCGAAACAUCUAGCCUUCAUGCCUACUCGGUGCAGCAGUUAUUCCGGGCACUCCGCAGUGAUAUUACACAGCAGCCAUUGGCACAGGUGGCAGCUUGGUGUAUUGGAGAGUAUGGAGAGUUGAUCAAUUCGAACAAUGUGGAAGAUGAGGAACCCUUACAUGUAGGUGAAAUCAAGCUAUAAGGCUUACUUAUUUUUUUAAAACUUUCACACUCCAGCAGCCUUUUGGGAGCAUUGAAUACCUAUUAUGUCUGUAUAUAAAGCUGAUAAUCUGUUGUGUAAAGCUUGACGGCUCAUUAUGGGGGUUACAUCGCCUACUAAACUAAGGGAUGCAUUUCCAUGUUCUACAGCAACUCUACCUGGCCAAAGAUAUUUUUGAACAAAAAGUUCGAUUGGGGGAGUAGGAUAAAUAUUCAGGGUUCCCACACCAAUCAGGAAAAAAUGAAAAAGUCUGAAUUUCCUCAAAUUAUUUUCCCCUUCAUGAAAUCCAGGAAAUUCAACAUUCCAUGAAAAAGUGACUAUAAUUGCAAAUGUUGUCUAUUUUUAACCCGCUGUUAUCACAAAGAUUUUGCCACAGUGCUAGUGAUUUCCCCUUAAACGCCCAUGAAUUUUACAAGUUUGCGGUAUGAAAUUUCGCACCACUUGAUAAUCAGAAAUUUUUGUGUUGUUCAGGAGUUAUUUUAUAAUUAAUUUACAAAACUCUAGACCUACAUAUACUAAUUUAACACAAAGAAACAUUCCUAUUCAAAAAUAUAUUAAAAUAUUCUAUACAAAUAAAAGCAGGGAUGAUCAAUACGUACUUGACUGUUUCUCUUCAAUACAAAAUAGUUUCAAAACGUACCCUCUGCUGUGGCCCGCCAGAUGCGUAGCUUAGCUCUAUUAAAUGAUCCAUCAAUAUUUUUAAUUUUAGAAAAUCUGUUACUCAUUUGUUACCAAUUUUGUGUUGAAAACUAAUUUCUUGAGAGCCUAAACCCAUAUAAUUUGAUGCAUUUAGUUAGUAUGUGAUACAUUUUAAAAAAAAACUGUUAACCCAUAGUCUGAAAAUCACCUAUGUAGAUUUUUAAUCUAUUUGAUAUAACAUGUAUGUAUAGUGCAAAAAAUGGUGUCAUAUAUUUUUAUGGUAGUUUAUUUCUAUGUGGUAAAUUUCAACUCAUCUUUUCAAAGUGUAAUACUAACUUUAUUAUAUUCUUAAGGUUACUGAAGAUGAAGUUAUUUCAUUGCUAGAGAGAGUUUUAGCUAAUAAUAACUCUGCUGUUGUCACCAAAGAGUAUGUCAUCACAGCUCUCAUGAAAUUAUCCUCUAGAUUUUCAAGCAGCUCAAUGUAAGUCAUUUUCAAAAAUAUAAUAAUAUUGUAAAAUUACAUCGAUAACAUUAUCACACAGCGUUUUAUUAGCAAAGGUUACCCACUCAAGUAAGUCAAAACCUGACUGAGCUGAAAAUACUAUCACAGGACAUUUAGUGUAGUGUCACAAAUUGUCCAGCCCUAUUUACUUCUAUUGAGUGACUUUACAAAGUCCAAUGGAGCAUACCCUUGUCAAAGAGACCUGGAACUCUAAAAGAUGGUCUAACUUUAACGGAAAUACAAAUUGCAGCUUCCCGUUGUUGGGCCUGUCAACAACAAAAAACUCAGUUUGAAUAAAGAAAUCUUUUUUGUUGUUCUUUAUCAGGCGCCUGAAACAGAUCAUUACCUUAUAUGGUUCAAGUACAAAUGUAGAACUGCAGCAACGCUCUGUUGAGUAUUCCAACCUAUUCUCCAAAUUUGAUCAUUUAAGGUUAGUUGCGUUGCAUGAUUUAAACAAGUAUCAUUUUAAAAUCGUACACUCUGAUACUUUAAAAAAAAAAGUAGAAUCCAGACAAUAAUUGUAUUUAUUUAAAUAAUAAUGUUGGCAUAUUGUAACCCGAAAAAAAUAUUUUUUCUUUUAUGGACUAAUAUUUAGAAAAAAAUGCUUUAUUAAAAGCAGUUAUAUGCACUUUAAUAAGAAUCAAUAACAAUUAGAUUGGUUCUUUAUUCUCAGGCCAGCAUUAUUAGAGCAUAUGCCACUAAUAGAGGCUCAUCCACACAGCAUAGAAUCCGGUUUUAACGAGAAACAGGAUGAUUUGAAUCUGCUCUCUGAUUCAUUCUCAAGAAACAUUGCUCGUACUUCAGUGCCGACUCCUUCAUUGCCCUCAGAGGUUGGCAUAAUAUAACCCAUUUAUUGCAUAUUUAUAAUCAUUUCAGAUGUCUAAUUCAUUAUCAUUUCUCAAAUGAACAAUUACCGAACUAUGUAUUUGAGAAAUGCAGCAAAGAAUUAAAGACACAAUUGAUGCAUGCUUUAUAAGUAACUAUAAAGAUUUGGAACAAAACUUAAGUGAGCGAGUGCUUUAUUAGUAACUAUAAAAGGUUUGGACUGGGACUAAACUAAGUGAGCGUGUAGACUAAACAUUUUAACUUCUGCUUUAUCUCUUUCAUUAAAGCUUAAUCAUCCUAGAUUUUAAUAUAUGCUUUAUAACAAUGGAUACAAUCAUUUGUGUGGAUAUAAAAGAUCUGAGCUUUCUCAUGUCGGUAAAAAUGUUUUUAAAAUUGCAUUAGUGGAAAGUACAUUUCGGUCUCCUGUUCUAACCAAAUGUUUGAAAAGUUUGUUUUAAAGUUAUUAGGCUUAGAAUGUUACAUUGAGAUUAUGUGAAUGAUUAUUCCUUUAAUUAAGUAACCGAUUUGUCUCUUUAUGCCAGAAUGGAGGCAUCUUUGAAUACCUAACUAAUGGUAUUCAACCUGCAACUCACAUAGACACAAUAAAAACUGGAGGAGGAGCUGUUGAUUUGCUUGACCUUCUGGGUGAUAUUGGCUCGGACAUCCCUCCUAUACAUAACACAGGUUUGUUUUAUUGCAAUUAACUUUCAUUUAAUUGUUCACCUGACAGCUUGAAGUAGGGACAAUUUUGUUAAAACAAUACAAUUCUUUGUUUGUUCCCUCCCUGUCGCACAUAUGCACACUUCAAAUAAAUUGCUUUAAAGCUUUUUUCUUGUGUUGUUUAAAAAAUACAAAGAGCUGUCUCUGAUUUAAACUAAAGGUAUGUGCCCUUAUUGUCUAUGGGUUAAUAUGGAUCAAAACAUGUUUUCCAGUCCUACCACCUGUCAAUGACCUAUUGGAUAGCUUCAUGCAACCAGUGGCACAUCCAAACAAUAUUGUCAAUGGAACUUCCAGUAAGUUUUUUUCUUGAUGUGAUUCUAUGUUACGAUCUUGAAUUCUUAGAAUUACUAAAUGAUUUAUCAUAAUUACCAUGAUUUCUGUAUUUAAGUAAUAUAUAGCUUUAAAUUUGACUGUAAUCCUUAAUAAUAAAUGCAGGUGGCUGUAAGGCUCUAAGCUGGCGUUGUUUCAUCAGUAAUCUUUAUAUAUACGGCGGAGAGUCCGUGUUGCUGUCGGUUUCUCAUAAAAUUAUAACUGUUCCACUGAUGCAAAUCAAAAGUGCAUUUCCUCCAAAUUGUUGCUCUGUUAAUAUUAACCCUUUCCUUAGAUAUAAAUAAUUGAAACUGUUCAAAUCUUUUUUAAUCCAGUUAAGGUGGUAAUUAUUUUUAAGAAACAAUUUGUUGAAGAUUCCUUAGCAGUGUUAAAAAAUGGCUAUUGCUGUUUCUGAUCUAUCCUGACAUUACAUAUUUGUGUACUUUUUAUUACAUUAAUAUACAAAUUUUUAUCUGUAUAUUUUUCACAUCUUUUUCCAACUCCUACACCUAUAAUUUAUGUAAAAUGAUGCGUAAGUAACUGUCUUAUGAUGGGAUGCCAUUUGGCCUCUAUUGGUAUUUCAAAACAACAGUAUAAAAACCUGAAUUUUACCUGAAACAAAAAUUCCUUAUUUCAGCCUUGCCUGUUGUGACAGCUUUUAACAAAGAAGGUCUUUUGAUAGAGUUCUUCUGCCAGAGAGCCAAUAAUGAUGCCACAAAAACUGUGAUCAACAUGAAGGCCACCAACUCAUCUCUGUUUCCAAUGGUGGACUUUGUCUUUCAGGCCGCUGUGCCAAAGGUGGGUAUUUGUCAUAUGUUUUAUGUUUAAAAUGUUGACUUCUGGUUAUAUUUUAAAAAUUGUAAUGGCUAUAGACUUCAAUUGUAUCAGUCUUUAUUUAUAUGUCCAUCUACAGUCAUUCCAGUUAAACCUCCAGUCACCCUCAGGUAACAAGCUUCUGCCUAACAAUUCAGGAAAUGUUACACAAGUUAUACAACUGAGUAACCCACAAAAGGUAGGGAAAUGAUUUCUUGUAGCACAUGUACAAAAGAAAUACUGGGAGGACUGUGUUCAGGUUCAAUCAAUUAGAAUUAUGCACAGGCUAGAGGAAAGAAAACCUGAAGAACAAUACCAAAAGUGGAAUUUAGGACAGAAAGCCUUGGACAGCAGAAAUAGUUACAGACAGAGACAAACGCUCUUAACACAUAUACUGUUGCUUAAUCAAAUGAUUAGAUUUUAAAAAUAUGUAAAUCACAAGUUCAAAGGUGCCUUCAAAACAUCCCCAUGGAUGUUCUUGGUUAAAUCUUUUUUCUGUGCCUAUUUCAUAUUCAGGUUAUAAUUUGGCUAAUACUUUUAAUAGAUAAAUAUUAGUUAUAGAUUGAUGCAUAAAGUAAGCUUUGGUUGUUUUGUUUUUUUAACUCUUAGCUUACUUGGCUGUGUUGGAGCAUGAACAAAAUUAAUAGUGCCAACAGAAACAAUCACUAACUUCAAAACUGAUAAGGAAAACUGAACUAUGAUGCAAAUUUUAAAAAAAAUAAAAGAAAAGGAAUUUACAACACAUAGCACGUUAAACAAUUACUGGGUCAGCCGAUGCCAGUUUCAAGAUGAAAGAGUUAAGAUGAAAAUAAUUAAUUUCAACUUAAAUAGCUAAAUGCUAUUUUUGAAACUUGGCAAAACUUUUCAUACAUACAUUGAAAUUUUAUUUUUUAUCAUGCAUUUUUUUAAACUUCAAUCCAUCUUCAGCAACCCAUUCGAAUGCGCUUGAGAAUCAAUUAUACGCAGAAUGGCAAGGCAGUCAAUGAGAUGGGUGAAGUCAGCACAUUCCCACCAGAGCUCUGGCAAUAGCAUCAUGUCUAUCCUCUAGUUAGUAAUUAUGGGCUGUGAGUGUUGAGAUGCAUGUGUGUGUGUGUGUGUAAUGAAAUUAACCAUCAAUACUUUCUGAGCAAAAAGAGAUUGGAAACAAACAAUCUUGAACCCAGGAGCUUCUUGGUUAUCAAAGAUGAUAAGUGGUUUAAAAAUCUAUCUCCUAGUCCUUCAUACUGAAACAAUUGGAAAAAAUAUUGUAUUCAUUCAUGAUUAUUCAAUGAAUGCUUCUUUCUGUCAUUGAUGCAUAACAUUUGAAAGAAGGCGUAAUGCACAUAUUGCUUGGGGUUAUGAAUUGGCUGAAAUAGCAGAUACAUUUGUUAAAAUAUAUGUGCCCUGGUUUUGAAGAAUAAUGCUACAAAUUGAUAAACAUACAUGUAACACCUGUAUUAUUUUGUCAAUGUGAUCAAGGAAAACAUAUGUUUUAUUACAAAUAUUUACUAAUGCUAUUUUUGUGUGUCAGAAAGGUCCACACCUUAGAGCAACAAUAAUUGUUUAUGUUGGAAAUUAAUUUAGAUGUGGUACUCUUGUUGCUUUGGAGUGGACAUUUAAUCAUAAAAGUUAGAUAACUCGAGUUUAACACUAAUGCCAUAAGGAUAGCCAGUAGUUCCCAAAAUGAAUAAAUACAUUUUUCAUAUGUUGAGAAUUGAAGCCAAUUUUAUGCUAAAAAGAGGUUAUUUCCUUCUGAGCACUUUGAUCCAAGCUAGUGUUUAAAACUGGGCAUUAUACAGGUAUCUUGUGGGUACAUGAAUGAAUGUGUUCCAGAAAUUUUUGUAUUCUUUAUCCAUCUUAGCAACUUAUUAUUCUUGAAGAAUUAAUAUUUGAAUUUAAAUGUUAAUUAACUAAUUUUUGAAACAGUGUUAAUUUAUUUAAUUAAUUUUGUUACUUUUUCUUUGUACGAUUUUAUUCUUUUACAAAAUUAUGACACAUUCGAGGGGGUAGAUGGAGUCAGCAAUUAGAACUAUUUAAAUGAAUUUCCACAUAAAGUAAACUUCAUUUGUCAGCAGUUUAAAAUGUGUGUUUAUCGUCAUAAACUUAAUUUUUUUCUGUUAUUUGAUCAAAACCUCUGGAAAUACAGCCAAAACAAAUCUUACUUAUUGCAAUCUUCUUGGUAACAGUUAUUUAAACUGGUCUUAUGAACUGCAUUUAAACUAUACCAUCAUACACUAAUAGUGUAUUGAUAAACAAAACAAACCAAAAAACUAUUAUUAUGGGACACAAAAGUAUGCAGUGGAUUUUGCAAAAUUUGGAAGUUAACAUUGGCUUGUGUGUAGAUUAUGUAUUGUUGCGUUUUGUAUUUUAUUGCGCUUCAAGCCUUGAUUAGGGAUGUUUUUGAAAUGAACUUUAUUAUUAUUAUUAUUAUUAUUAUUUAGUUUGAUUAUUUUGUUAUUUAGAGUUUCCAGUUGGGUAUCCAACUUACUGAUAAGAAAGGUCAGUGAAACUAUGUUUGGUCAAUCCUAAGGUUGUGAAUGUUGCAGAUGUAAGUGAGAUUUCUAAACUAAAUUUUUUUUUAUUGUUCAAAAACAAAAAUCGCCUUUGACCUUCAUGAGGGGGGAAAAUGUAGUGUGUAGGUGCUAAGUUAAUCUGGCUCCAGGGCCUAGAAUUAAAAUCUGUUUGAAUUAAAGCCUGUGAUAUAGUUUGUAAUUCAUAUUACCUUUUGAUCAGUGGUGAAAUGACCAGCCCACUCCUGUACUUGCCACCUGAUGUCUUUGGCAUAUCACAGGGAUGGAUAUUUCAGUUACAUAUCCUAUCAAAGGUCUGAUAGGAAUUUUAAACAAUUAAAGAGAUGCUCCUCCCAAAAGGAUUAAAAUAUUGUUCAAGUUACAUAGUUUUUUAAAAUGUAAUAUUUUGUUUUUAAUUUUUUUUUAUUUUUUAUAUGAUGCAAUAUAGCUGUUUCCAACCUUUUUCAACUAAACUCAAAUUCUUAUGAAAACAGUUCAGUUACUUAUCAUUUAUAUAUGUAAGGAAAAGAUUGAGACUUUUGAUGAGAGACAGUUGUGGAGAAAAUUAUUGUAUGGAUUUUAUUAUUUCAGUGAAAUUUCUUGGUUUCUUUUUUUUUUCUACUUUUGAUUUUUAUGCAAUAACAUUUUUAUCUCGCAAC